AUGUCUGCUGAAGAAUACGAAGAAGAACAACCGAAUAUCUUGGAUGAUCCAAUCCAUGGGAUUUAUAUCCCAACUGCAUUGUUUGUUUUCGGUAUUGCUCUGUUGACUUAUCUGUCUAAAGAAUAUAGACUACUGUUAGCAUUACCAAUACUAUUCACCUCUUUAGUUGUUAGAGCUCUUUUGGCUUACCAAAGAAGAAGAUCUUUAUUCCCUGAUAAAUGGACAAAAUUAGAAUUAGAAGAUCAAACAGUUAUCUCUAAGAAUACCGCGUUAUAUCGUUUCAAAUUGAAAACUCCCUUGGAAUCAUUAAAUAUCCCUGCUGGAUUCCAUAUCGCCGCAAGAGUAUUUAUCGAUGGUAAAGAAGAAAUUAGAUACUAUAAUCCAAUUAGUUCCAAAUUAGACAAGGGUUAUUUCGAUUUACUUAUUAAAUCUUAUGCAGAUGGUAAAGUUUCUAAAUAUUUUGCAGGCUUAAAACCAGGUGAAUCUGUGGAAUUUAAAGGUCCAAUCGGUGAAUUAAAUUACAAUGUUAAUUCAUCAACUGCUUUAGCUAUUGUAGCAGGUGGAUCAGGUAUUACUCCAGUUUUACAAAUGUUAAAUGAAAUCAUCACCACCCCAGAGGAUUUAACUAAAGUUUCUUUAAUUUAUGCAAAUGAUACGGAAAAUGAUAUCUUAUUGAAAGAUGAAUUAGAUGAAAUGGCAAAAAAAUACCCUCAUUUCGAUAUUCACUAUGUAGUUCGUUAUCCAAGUGAAACCUGGAAAGGUGAUGUAGGUCUUGUCACUAGGGAACAAAUGCAAAAAUAUUUACCUGAAUCUUCAGAUGAUCAUAGGUUAUUGAUUUGCGGACCAGAAGGUAUGGAAAAUAUGGUUGUGAAUUAUGCUAAGGAGUUAGGUUGGAAACAAAGUUAUUCCAAGAGUAAAGGCGAUGAUCAAGUAUAUGUGUUUUGA